GGCGCCGGGAGCCGAGCAGCGAAGCUGUGAGGAACGGAGUGGCGGCGCGGGAGCGGCAGGGACGGACAGGUGGCGAGCCCUCGCCCGCGCCGCCUGGUACUAAGACGCCUGCAGAACCUCGCGGUCAGGACGUGGCGGCAGAGGCAUCCCGGACGGCCUGCGAGGGAUGCGCCGCCCACUGCUCCGCGCCGCCUGACCGCCCCCGCCUCGGCUCGCGGUGCGCCACAGCCGGGCCCGCGGCCGUCCUCGCCGCACUGUCGCCCGGCCGCCGCUCCCGCGGGGCCGCGCCCGUCUCUGCCAUGUGGACCCCCACGGAGGAAGAGAAAUACGGCGUAGUGAUAUGCAGCUUUCGAGGAUCUGUCCCUCAAGGGUUGGUCUUAGAAAUAGGAGAAACAGUCCAGAUUCUUGAAAAAUGUGAAGGUUGGUAUAGAGGAGUUUCAACAAAGAAGCCUAGUGUAAAGGGGAUCUUUCCUGCAAAUUACAUUCAUUUGAAAAAAGCAAUUGUCAGUAAUAGAGGGCAGUAUGAAACUGUGGUUCCGCUUGAAGAUUCUAUUGUGACUGAAGUUACAGCAACUCUACAAGAAUGGGCCAGUCUGUGGAAACAACUCUAUGUGAAACAUAAAGUAGAUCUUUUCUACAAGCUGCGCCAUGUGAUGAAUGAACUUAUUGACCUUCGAAGGCAGCUCCUGUCUGGUCACCUGACUCAGGAUCAGGUGCGGGAGGUUAAGCGGCACAUCACCGUGCGCCUGGACUGGGGCAAUGAGCAUUUGGGCCUGGACCUGGUGCCUCGAAAGGACUUUGAAGUAGUGGAUUCGGACCAGAUUAGUGUUUCAGAUCUCUAUAAAAUGCAUUUAUCUAGCCGGCAGAGUGUACAACAGAGCACAUCCCAGGUAGAUACGAUGCGCCCACGUCAUGGGGAAGCAUGUCGGAUACCAGUGCCACAUCACUUCUUCCUCAGCCUGAAGAGCUUCACCUACAAUACCAUUGGGGAAGAUACUGAUGUCUUCUUUUCCUUAUAUGAUAUGAGAGAAGGCAAGCAGAUCAGUGAGCGGUUUCUGGUGAGACUGAACAAGAAUGGUGGGCCAAGGAACCCAGAGAAGAUAGAACGAAUGUGUGCCCUUUUUACAGAUCUGAGCAGCAAAGAUAUGAAGAGAGACUUAUAUAUAGUUGCCCAUGUGAUACGAAUAGGCCGAAUGCUUCUAAAUGACUCAAAGAAGGGCCCUGCUCACCUGCACUACCGAAGACCAUAUGGAUGUGCUGUCCUAAGUGUCCUGGAUGUCCUGCAGUCACUCACAGAAUUGAAGGAAGAAAAGGAUUUUGUUCUUAAGGUUUACACGUGCAACAACGAGAGUGAGUGGUCCCAGAUUCAUGAGAAUAUCAUCCGCAAGUCCAGCGCCAAGUACUCUGCCCCCAGUGCCAGUCACGGUCUUAUCAUUUCUCUGCAGCUUCUUCGUGGAGACAUGGAACAUAUUAGGAGAGAAAAUCCCAUGAUAUUUAGUAGGGGAUUGGCAAUUACAAGAAAAUUGGGAUUUCCUGAUGUCAUCAUGCCAGGUGAUAUCCGCAAUGACCUGUACCUAACCCUGGAGAAGGGGGAUUUCGAGAGAGGAGGAAAGAGUGUACAGAAGAAUAUUGAAGUGACCAUGUAUGUGCUUUACGCAGAUGGAGAAAUCUUAAAGGAUUGCAUCAGCUUGGGCUCAGGAGAGCCUAAUAGGAGUUCCUACCACUCCUUUGUCCUCUACCAUAGUAAUAGUCCUCGCUGGGGAGAAAUUAUCAAAUUGCCCAUCCCCAUUGACCGGUUCCGGGGCUCCCACCUGCGCUUCGAGUUCAGACACUGUUCCACAAAGGACAAAGGAGAGAAGAAACUCUUUGGCUUUGCAUUCUCACCACUGAUGCGGGAUGAUGGUACCACCCUCUCAGAUGAUAUCCAUGAGCUCUAUGUCUACAAGUGUGAUGAGAAUAGCACAUUUAACAACCAUGCUCUGUACCUGGGCCUGCCCUGCUGCAAAGAGGACUACAAUGGUUGCCCUAACAUUCCCUCCAGCCUCAUCUUCCAGCGCAGCACCAAAGAGUCUUUCUUCAUUUCCACACAGCUCUCCUCCACCAAACUCACCCAGAACGUGGACCUCCUUGCUCUGCUGAAAUGGAAGGCCUUUCCAGACCGGAUCAUGGAUAUCCUAGGGCGGUUGCGGCAUGUCAGCGGGGAGGAAAUUGUUAAGUUUCUGCAGGAUAUCUUAGAUACACUCUUCGUGAUUUUGGAUGAUAAUACAGAGAAAUAUGGCCUGUUGGUCUUUCAGUCUUUGGUAUUCAUCAUCAACCUGCUCCGAGACAUCAAAUAUUUCCACUUCCGGCCUGUGAUGGACACGUACAUCCAGAAGCACUUUGCUGGAGCCCUGGCAUACAAGGAGCUAAUCCGAUGUCUGAAGUGGUACAUGGACUGCUCAGCAGAACUGAUUCGGCAAGACCACAUUCAGGAAGCCAUGCGGGCCUUGGAGUACCUUUUCAAGUUCAUUGUGCAGUCAAGGAUCCUGUACUCACGUGCCACCUGUGGGAUGGAAGAGGAGCAGUUCCGUUCCAGCAUCCAAGAACUUUUCCAGUCCAUCCGGUUUGUGCUCAGCCUGGACAGCAGAAACUCAGAAACACUCCUUUUCACUCAGGCUGCACUCCUUAAUUCUUUCCCAACCAUCUUUGAUGAGCUGCUGCAAAUGUUCACCGUGCAGGAGGUAGCGGAGUUUGUGAGAGGGACUCUUGGAAGCAUGCCCAGCACUGUGCACAUUGGGCAGUCCAUGGAUGUGGUGAAGCUGCAGUCCAUUGCCAGAACUGUAGACAGCCGCCUGUUUUCUUUCUCAGAAUCCCGCCGCAUCCUGCUUCCUGUGGUUCUCCAUCAUAUUCACCUUCACCUGAGGCAGCAGAAAGAGCUGCUGAUCUGCUCAGGGAUUCUUGGCAGCAUCUUCUCCAUCGUCAAGACCAGCUCUCUGGAGGCAGAUGUCAUGGAGGAGGUAGAAAUGAUGGUGGAGAGCCUCUUGGACGUGCUCUUACAGACUCUGCUCACCAUCAUGAGCAAAUCGCACGCUCAGGAGGCGGGCGAGUAUGUGUCCUGCCUUCUCUCACUGCUCCGCCAGAUGUGUGACACUCACUACCAGCACCUCCUGGACAACUUCCAGAGCAAAGAUGAACUCAAGGAAUUCCUGCUGAAGAUUUUCUGUGUGUUCCGGAACCUGAUGAAGAUGAGUGUCUUUCCUCGGGACUGGAUGGUGAUGAGACUUCUUACAAGCAAUAUUAUAGUCACUACUGUCCAGUACCUAUCUUCUGCACUACACAAGAAUUUCACAGAGACAGACUUCGACUUUAAGGUGUGGAAUUCUUAUUUUAGCCUGGCAGUUCUGUUCAUAAACCAGCCAAGCCUUCAGCUAGAAAUCAUCACUUCAGCCAAGAGGAAGAAGAUUCUAGAUAAGUAUGGGGACAUGCGUGUUAUGAUGGCUUAUGAACUGUUCAGCAUGUGGCAGAAUUUGGGUGAACAUAAGAUCCACUUUAUUCCGGGAAUGAUUGGUCCUUUUCUGGGUGUGACACUGGUCCCACAGCCAGAAGUGCGAAAUAUCAUGAUUCCCAUCUUUCAUGACAUGAUGGACUGGGAGCAAAGGAAAAAUGGCAACUUCAAACAGGUGGAGGCCGAGCUGAUUGACAAGCUGGACAGCAUGGUGUCUGAAGGGAAGGGCGACGAGAGUUACAGGGAGCUCUUCGGACUGCUCCUGCUGGAGAAGGUUGAACAGGAAACAUGGCGUGAAACCGGCAUUUCCUUUGUAACCUCAGUUACCCGCCUCAUGGAACGCCUUCUUGACUACAGGGAUUGCAUGAAAGGAGAGGAGACGGAGAAUAAGAAGAUUGGCUGCACUGUUAACCUGAUGAACUUUUACAAAUCCGAGAUUAACAAAGAAGAGAUGUAUAUCCGCUACAUCCAUAAGCUUUGUGACAUGCAUUUGCAGGCUGAAAACUACACAGAGGCUGCAUUCACUCUGCUUCUCUACUGUGAGCUGCUGCAGUGGGAGGAACGGCCGCUACGGGAAUUCCUUCACUACCCAUCCCAAACAGAGUGGCAGCGGAAAGAGGGACUGUGCCGCAAGAUCAUCCACUACUUCAACAAAGGCAAGAGUUGGGAGUUUGGGAUCCCACUGUGCAGGGAGCUGGCCUGUCAGUAUGAGAGCCUCUACGAUUAUCAGAGCCUCAGCUGGAUUCGGAAAAUGGAGGCCAGCUACUAUGACAACAUCAUGGAGCAACAGCGCCUGGAGCCUGAGUUCUUUCGUGUUGGCUUCUAUGGCAGGAAGUUUCCUUUCUUCCUUCGGAACAAAGAAUACGUGUGCCGUGGCCAUGACUACGAGAGGCUAGAGGCCUUCCAGCAGAGGAUGCUCAGCGAGUUCCCACAGGCCGUCGCCAUGCAGCACCCCAACCACCCUGACGAUGCUAUCCUGCAGUGUGAUGCCCAGUACUUGCAGAUCUAUGCAGUGACGCCCAUUCCAGAUUACGUGGAUGUCCUGCAGAUGGACAGGGUCCCGGAUCGCGUCAAGAGCUUCUACCGUGUCAACAAUGUGAGGAAGUUCCGGUACGACAGGCCUUUUCACAAAGGCCCCAAGGACAAAGAGAAUGAAUUCAAGAGCCUGUGGAUCGAGCGGACCACACUGACCCUGACCCACAGCUUGCCUGGCAUCUCUCGCUGGUUUGAAGUGGAGAGAAGGGAACUGGUGGAGGUGAGCCCUCUGGAGAAUGCCAUCCAAGUGGUUGAGAAUAAGAACCAGGAGCUGCGGGCCCUGAUCAGCCAGUAUCAACACAAGCAAGUCCAUGGCAACAUCAACCUUCUCAGCAUGUGCCUGAAUGGCGUCAUUGACGCAGCUGUCAAUGGAGGCAUUGCACGCUACCAAGAGGCCUUCUUUGAUAAAGAUUACAUCACCAAGCACCCAGCAGAUGCUGAGAAGAUCACCCAGCUCAAAGAGCUCAUGCAAGAGCAGGUCCAUGUCCUUGGAGUCGGGCUGGCAGUUCAUGAGAAGUUCGUGCACCCAGAAAUGCGCCCUCUGCAUAAGAAGCUGAUUGAUCAGUUCCAGAUGAUGCGGGCCAGUCUCUAUCAUGAGUUUCCAGGUUUGGACAAGCUAAGCCCUGCAUGUUCAGGCACCAGCACCCCACGGGGAAAUGUCCUAGCAUCCCAUAGCCCCAUGAGCCCUGAGAACAUCAAGAUGACCCACCGGCACAGCCCCAUGAAUUUGAUGGGUACCGGUCGCCAUUCAUCAUCCUCUCUCUCCUCGCACGCAUCUAGUGAAGCGGGAAAUGUGGUGAUGCUGGGUGACAGUUCCAUGGGCGAGGCUACUGAGGACCUAUACCACCAUAUGCAGCUCGCGUAUCCCAACCCCAGGUACCAGGGCUCAGUCACCAACGUCUCUGUUCUAUCCUCGUCCCAGGCAAGCCCUUCUUCCUCCAGCCUGAGUUCCACUCACUCAGCACCAUCCCAGAUGAUUACCUCUGCCCCUUCCAGUGCCCGAGGCUCUCCCUCUCUGCCAGAUAAGUACCGCCAUGCUCGGGAAAUGAUGUUGCUGCUGCCCACACACCGGGAUCGCCCAAGCAGUGCCAUGUAUCCAGCAGCCAUCCUGGAGAACGGACAGCUGCCAAACUUCCAGCGGGCCCUGUUCCAGCAAGUGGUCGGAGCCUGCAAACCCUGCAGUGAUCCCAAUCUGUCAGUGGCUGAAAAAGCGGUGCCAGCAGCCCCCAGCAGCUGGAGCCUGGAUAGCGGAGCCCGAGAGGCCCAGCCCUUCCUGUCUGCCCACACGGGGUGCAUCAUGGCCCCCCCAGUGCCUCCCCGAAGCCUGCUGCAUGGUCAUUACUCCCUACACUUUGACGCCUUCCACCACCCCCUGGGUGACACACCCCCAGCCCUCCCAGCCCGGACCCUGCGCAAGUCUCCUCUCCACCCUAUCCCAGCCUCCCCCACAAGCCCCCAGUCGGGCCUGGAUGGCAGCAACUCUACGCUGUCUGGCAGUGCCAGCAGCGGUGUGUCUUCCUUAAGUGAGAGUAACUUUGGGCACUCCUCGGAAGCUCCUCCUCGUACCGACACCAUGGACUCCAUGCCAAGCCAGGCCUGGAAUGCUGACGAAGACCUUGAGCCGCCCUACCUCCCUGUCCACUACAGCCUCUCUGAGUCCGCCGUCCUGGACUCUGUCAAGGCUCAGCCAUGCCGAAGUCACUCAGCACCAGGAUGUGUCAUCCCUCAGGACCCCAUGGACCCUCCUGCGCUGCCACCCAAGCCCUACCACCCCCGCCUGCCGGCCGUGGAGCACGACGAGGGGGUGCUGCUGCGUGAGGAGGCUGAGAGGCCUCGGGGCCUGCACCGCAAGGCCUCGCUGCCUCCCGGGAGCACCAAGGAAGAGCAGGCUCGAAUGGCCUGGGAGCACGGCCGAGGGGAACAGUGAGGUGCAGGGAAGCAACUGGGACACCACCCUCCAUGAGCAGCUUGUCCAAACACUCCAGGUCUGAAAAGCAAGUCCCCCUGCAGGGAGCCAGAGAGGCCUGGCACUCAGGAGAGAACCAUCCCAAGUCUACAUUCUACUGCCGUGAACUCGUGUGUUGCCAUGUGCAGAGGCCACAGCAGCAUGAAGGGUUGUGGCUUCUCUUUUUAUUUCAUUUUAUACAUUUCCAUUUCUAUGGGUUCCCCUUUUUCCUUUGUGCAGUAGAUGCUUUCUUUCUCCUGCAGUUCCAGACCACGUGGAGCUAUAUGGAGAUAGUGCACAGACAGAAUUGCUUUGCAGCUUUGCAGGGCCCCGGGGGUAGGAGCCCAGGCCCUCCUUCCAGGGUAGAGAUGCACAGAAGGAUGGGAAUUGCACUAGCAACCUCUUCUUUUGGUGCGUGGACAGAAGAGCUCAUGGCUAUUAUAUUCAGGGAUUGCAAGGACCACGUGGACUACGUCACGGGUGGACAAGGGGGCUACAAGCCAUUUUGCACAAAUGCCUGCCCACCUGCCCACUCUUCCAUCCAGGAGUAUGCGACUGGGGGGCUGGCUGGGCCAACCUACCGGCUCAGUCAUGUGACCUGGCUUAACUGCAUGCCCAGGGCAUACCGCCAGGCUUCCAUUGGCCAGCCCUGCCUCCUACUCUACCUUGGACUUUCCCCUCCAUCGUUUUUAUUUCUGACCAUUUGCUCCCCUCCUGAAUAUACCCCAUGCCCUGCAGCAGCACCCCGUGCCCUUGGUGAAAGGAUCCGCAGUGGUUAUCUCCUGCCUUCUCGGGCUUGAAUGGGAGCGUGGAGACAGAGGGACUACCGUAGCUACCUUUCUCCCCCGGGCCUGGGCAGCCAUGGGUUGAGACAAGCUGGCAUAAGGAUGAGGCUGAGGUAUAGCAGGAGCCGGAAAUCCUCGGGGUUUUCAGAAGUGGCCAGAGUGCCUGUCACCCAGCUCCUGCAUCAGGGAUUUUCAGCACUACCUCCAAGCAGUGGGGUUGUCUGCCCAGCCAGGCUUCUAAGGAAGGCCUGAGGACUCCUGGUCAGGUUCAGCAAGCUCCAGGGUGAAAAGAGUGGGAGGGAGCUUCUUCUUUUAGGAGAGCCACACAGAUUGAAUUAUCCUCUCCCAGUGGCCAAGUGCUGGACUCCAGUUCCAGGCCCAUGGGGACUGCCACUCAGGGUCAGGGUGGGCAGGAAGGCAGUUGCUUAAGCCUCCCCAGUCUUUUGGGCAGAAGGCAGUGGUAUCUUUAUAGGAAACUCAGGUCAGAACACUGAUUUUCCUCUUGGUUUAUUAUUUAGGGGGAUAGGGUAAGGUGGUAAUAGUGUUUUACCAGGGUGCUUCUAAGUUACUUAAAAAACAAAAAGUCUACAAAACAUUUCUUUCAUUUGCUUGAGUUCAUGACUUUGACGGUCGCAAGACUGCCUUCUCCUAGUUGAGCACGUGUGUUCUCCCCUAGCUCCUCUUUUGUUGGCCCAUCUGACCUCUAUGGUUAGGGUGUUUUUCACAUGUAAACAAAUGUAGCUUGCCAGCAAGUAAGGAGGAAAGAUGGGGCUGGGGGAGGACCACAUUACCUUCAGGAUGUCUGGAGAUAUCUAUCACCAGUGUAGAUCCUUUCUUAUACUUUAAGGGAGACUCCAGGCAGAGUGGGUUAGUCCUGGCAGGCCUGGACCAUCUAGUGUUCACAAAAGUGUGACAGUUGGGAUUAGCUGUGAAUUUCUUAGGUAGGAUGGCAUCUCUAGAUUUUAGGGCACUUCUGAACCUCAAUCCCUGGACAAGACAGUCAUCACAUAGGAACAGCCACUUCUUCACCUGGUGGCAUAGGAGGGUAGAGAGCAGAGCGUGGCUUUGUUUGGCCUUGGCUUAUGUAGGUUGAGCCAGGUUUGUGUUUUCCCUGUUUUCCUUAAUUGGAUAGAAAGGACAUAUCCAAAUCCAGGUUUGUGUUUUCCCUAUUUUCCUUAAUUGGAUAGAAAGGACAUAUCCAAAUCAGCCAGUCUGAGGGGAAGUGGAAGCCAGAUAUGAGAAUCCUUUGAAGAUCGUGAAAUACUGACUUUCAUUCUUUCAAGCUUAUUUGUAAAUAUCUAUUUGAAUGCUGUGUAUUUGUACAGGAAUUUGAGCAAAAAAUGUAUAGAGUGUGAUGUCCUAUUGGUAUUCAGCCCUAUAAAUGUGUUUUUAACCUCUGGCAUUCUGUGCUUAUUUAAAAUAAGAAAACUUCUAACCAUUUCUUUUGUGUAUUUAUGUUUAAAAGAAGUGACUUUAAAAUGGUCUUAACCUGUACCAGAAAGCAAAGUUAAAAGAAAAAAAAAAUUUUUUGUGCUAGUGUCCCAAAAGGUAUUUUACUGUAUAUAUUGUGGUAGCAUGUUCUAAAUCUAACAAGUAAUGUGAAUUUUAGAUGUAAAUAUCUGCCACUUGAUUUCCCCCCUUCCCCUACUCCCUUGACUGCUGUGAUGUGAAUUAAAGAUGAAUACCUGAUACUGA